AAUACUACUAAUAAUGCCUUUCUUCACUUCUCAUCUUAAAUUCCCAGUUAAUUAUACUUUGAAUCCUGUAAGGCCAGCCAACAUGGGGUUUUCACUACCGUGCCUCUCUCAAUCUCUCUCUUUCAUUCUGUUUCUCUUCCAUUUCCACUCAACAAUUUCAUCUCCACUCUCCUCAAAUUACUCCUCCUCCUCCUCUUCUCAUUUGUGUGCUCAUCGCCAAUCUCUUUCUCUCCUUCAAUUCAAACAAUCCUUCUCCAUUCAAAAUAGUUCAGCUUUUUUGGAGUACUAUUGUCCAUAUCCCUUUCCAAAAACAGAGUCAUGGAAAGAGGGUACAGACUGCUGCUUGUGGGAUGGGGUCUCUUGUGACCUGAAAACCGGGCAUGUCACUGCACUGGACCUCUCUUGCAACAUGCUUUACGGCACCCUCCUUCCCAAUAAUUCUCUCUUCUCUCUCCAUCAUCUUCAACACCUCGACCUCUCUUUCAAUGAUUUCAACUCCUCCCAUAUUUCUUCUCGAUUUGGCCAGUUCUCCAAUCUAACACAUCUUAACCUAAGUGGUUCAGAUCUUGCAGGCCAAGUUCCGUCAGAAAUCUCUCACCUCUCCAAAAUGGUUUCUCUUGGUCUCUCUUGGAACGACUAUGUGAGUGUAGAACCAAUUUCUUUUGACAAGCUUGUUCGAAACCUAACCAAGCUUAGAGAACUCCAUCUGAGUUGGGUGAACAUGUCACUCGUUGUUCCCGAUUCCUUGAUGAAUCUGUCUUCUUCUCUGUCAUCGCUCAAACUCAAUUCCUGUAGAUUGCAAGGAAAACUCCCAUCCUCAAUGGGGAAAUUUAAGCACCUGCAGUACUUGGAUCUUGGAGGGAACGAUUUUACUGGUUCAAUUCCAUAUGGUUUUGAGCAACUCAGGGAGUUGGUUUCCCUUGAUCUCUCUGGAAACUUCUAUCUAAGUCCAGAACCAAUUUCUUUUGACAAGCUUGUUCACAACCUAACCAAGCUAAGAGAUCUCGCUUUGGAUUAUGUAAAUAUGUCUCUGGUUGCACCUAAUUCCUUGACGAAUUUGUCCUCUUCUUUGUCAUCUCUCUCCCUCAGUCAUUGUGGAUUGCAGGGAAAAUUCCCGGGUAACAACUUUCUCCUCCCAAACCUUGAAUCACUCUAUUUGUCAUACAACGAAGGCCUCACUGGCUCUUUUCCUUCGUCCAAUUUGAGUAAUGUCCUUUCUUGGUUGGAUCUUUCUAAUACAAGAAUUUCAGUUCAUUUAGAAAACGACUUAAUCAGUAAUCUAAAGUCAUUAGAAUAUAUGUCUCUUCGUAAUUGUAACAUUAUAAGGUCAGAUCUAGCCCUGCUUGGUAAUCUCACACAGCUCAUCCUUUUAGACCUCUCAAGUAACAAUUUUAGCGGUCAGAUCCCACCAUCACUUAGUAAUCUCACAAUUUUAGACCUCUCAAGUAACAAUUUUAGCGGUCAGAUCCCACCAUCACUUAGUAAUCUCACAAUUUUAGACCUCUCAAGUAACAAUUUUAGCGGUCAGAUCCCACCAUCACUUAGUAAUCUCACACAGCUCACAUUUUUAGACCUUUCAAGUAACAAUUUUAGCGGUCAGAUCCCACAAUCACUUCGUAAUCUCACACAGCUCACAUUUUUAGACCUUUCAAGUAACAAUUUUAGCGGUCAGAUCCCACAAUCACUUCGUAAUCUCACACAGCUCACAUUUUUAGACCUUUCAAGUAACAAUUUUAGCGGUCAGAUCCCACAAUCACUUCGUAAUCUCACAUUUUUAGACCUCUCAAGUAACAAUUUUAGCGGUCAGAUCCCAUCAUCACUUAGAAACCUUAUACAGCUCCGUUACUUGUAUCUCAGUUCCAAUAAAUUGAUGGGUCAAGUUCCAGAUUCUUUAGGUAGCCUAGUCAAUCUUUCAGAUUUACAUUUAUCAAAUAAUCAACUAGUAGGCGCUAUCCAUUCUCAAUUAAAUACCCUUUCAAAUCUACGAUCUCUAUAUUUAUCCAAUAACUUGUUCAAUGGAACAAUACCAUCCUUUUUGUUUGCUCUUCCUUCUUUACAUUAUCUUGACCUUCAUAACAAUAAUUUCAUAGGUAAUAUAAGUGAACUCCAACAUGAUUCAUUGAGAUUCCUUGAUUUGAGCAAUAACCACUUGCGUGGUCCAAUCCCAAGUUCGAUUUUCAAACAAGAGAACUUGACAACCCUUAUUCUUGCAUCCAAUAGUAAAUUGACAGGUGAGAUUUCUUCUUCUAUUUGCAAGCUGAGAUUCCUACGGGUCCUCGACUUGUCCAGCAACAGCUUUAGUGGUUCUACGCCACUAUGUUUGGGGAACUUCAGCAACAUGCUCUCGGUAUUGCAUCUAGGCAUGAACAAUCUUCAAGGCACUAUCCCUUCAACAUUUUCAAAAGAUAAUAGCUUGGAAUAUCUCAACCUCAAUGGAAAUGAAUUCGAAGGGAAAAUACUAUCGUCUAUCAUCAACUAUGCAAUGUUGGAAGUUCUUGAUCUUGGCAACAAUAAGAUUGAGGAUACAUUUCCCUACUUUCUAGAAACACUUCCAAAGCUACAAAUUCUUGUCCUAAAAUCGAAUAAACUCCAAGGUUUUGUGAAGGGUCCAACUACACAUAAUUCCUUCUCUAAAUUACAGAUUCUUGACAUCUCUGACAAUGAUUUUAGUGGGUCAUUGCCAUCUGGGUAUUUCAAUAGUCUUGAAGCAAUGAUGGCCUCGGAUCAAAACAUGAUUUACAUGAAUGCAUCAAAUUACUCUAGCUAUGUCUAUUCCAUAGAAAUGACAUGGAAAGGUGUAGAAAUUGAGUUCCCAAAGAUACAAAGUACCAUCAGAAUACUCGAUUUGUCAAAUAACAAUUUCAAUGGAGAGAUUCCAAAGGUGAUCGCAAAGCUUAAAGCACUCCAACUACUCAACCUUUCUCAUAAUUCCCUUACAGGUCAUAUCCAAUCAUCAUUAGGAAAUUUGACCAAUUUGGAAUCAUUAGAUCUAUCUUCAAAUUUGCUUACCGGAAGGAUUCCAACGCAGCUGGGGGGUAUAACAUUUCUUGCAAUCCUAAACCUUUCACAUAACCAGCUCAAGGGGCGUAUACCAUGUGGAGAGCAGUUCAACACCUUUACUGCAACCUCAUUUGAAGGAAACUUGGGUUUAUGUGGAUUUCAAGUACUAAAAGAAUGCUACGGUGAUGAGGCACCAUCAUUGCUACCAUCAAGCUUUGAUGAAGGAGAUGGUUCAACAUUGUUUGAAGAUGCAUUUGGAUGGAAAGCUGUGACAAUGGGGUAUGGAUGUGGGUUUGUGUUUGGAGUUGCAACGGGAUACAUCAUGUUUAGAACAAACAAACCUUCAUGGUUUUUUAGGAUGAUUGAAGAUAUACGGAAUCACAAGAGCAAGAAAACAAAGAAGAAUGCAGGCAGAUUUGGUGAUAGAAGAAACUAGAUAAUACAAUUGAUAUUUUCAAGUAAGUUUUGCGAGCAUUUGAGUUUUCAAAUUUUAUGUUCACAGUUUAUGUAGGCUAUCUUUUCUUUACAAUUUAUUUGAUCAGUCUUACCUUUCUAAUUUUACAGUACAAACAAGAUAUCAAGUGGAUUUGACAUUGAAACAACACUAGAGUGGCAGAUUCAUGGUAUUGGACUCCCUUUACUCUCCUUUUUCAUUCAAGGUUUGGGUGUUACUUCUGCGAAAAAGAUUCCAUAUAUGUAACAGGUCAAGCAAGCAAUAGUUUGUGUUCCCCAUAAAAU